AUUUUGAAUGUUCUAGGCCCAUACAAUCUACUUGAGGUUAUAAUUUAUUUAUCCACUAUCUCUCACCGUUUCAUCUCAUUUAUAUACUCUGUAUGUCUAAAAGAAUAGACUUCUAGUUUGUUUCUAAUCCAUUCAUUGUCUACUCCAUUUCUUCCAUACUCCGUACUUGCUAAAAAUUUAUAGGAACCAGUAUUGUGUUUCUAAAACUCUCCUCAUAUCAUAUCAUUUUUUCCUUCUCCUUUAUUAGUUAUCCACUGUAUUCUUCAAAGAAUAACUAAUAAGUGAUGUACUCAUGAUUAUGGUGCUUUUAUUUUAUCAGAAGAAAUCAAUCAUGCAAAGGAGAUGAUGAUUUCUUGAAGAUUUUUGAGCAGAUUCGUGCUGAUAACGUGUUGUGAAAUGAAGAAGAUGCAGAAUAGAUUAAAGAGAUAGAUAUAUUGAUAAUAACUUCUAAAUAACUUCUUCUUAAUCUAACUGAGAGUUUCUUAGUUUCUGAAUUUCUGAAUGAAUUUACAAGGGUUUGAUCAAGCCCUAUUUAUACUAGUUGGGCUUGGUGAUGAAUCAUCAGGGAGAAUUUCUACACAUUCUGCUGGCAAUAUUAAACCUAAACAUCUGUCCUAUUACAAGGAUGAGAAUUUGAUUAGUGUCCUGAUUACAAGGAUGGACAUUCACACAUGUCAUUUUGAUGAUUUUACAACAGAAUACACUUUAUUACUACCUAACACAUUAGUUUGAAUCCUAAUCCUAGCCGUUCCUUAGACCUACGCGGAUCACAAUCGGGUGGAUCUCUCGCUCCCCUUCUUUAAUGCCCACCCUCCAGUCGGAACUGCCAAAUCCGACUGGACUAUUUUUUUUUUAUUUUCUCCCGCUUAUAAAUAUAGCUGCUAUCAACCUUAUAUUUUUAUUACACUUAAGUUUUAUAUAUAAUCAUUAGUAUAUCAUUCCUCAAUCUAUCAAGCUAUCCAACCUUUGAGAUCAGCCUUCUCAGGUUAGUAAAUUUUCAAUUGUAUGAGUAUAGAAGUAAUUAAUUUUGUAAGUUGUGAAUUUUUAAUUUAGAUUGUGAUAUUGAACUUUUAGAGUAAAAUUUAGCAAGUGUAGAAGUACUUAAUUUAGUAAUUUGUGAAUUUUUAAUUUAGAUUGUUAAAUUGGACUUUUAGAGUGAAAUUUAUCUAUAAAAUACUUGAAACUUAGAAAGUGUGCUAAAUUUAGAAUUGUUAGUUAAUUUUCGGUUUUAGGAGUGUAGAAGUACUUAAUUUAGUAAUUUGUGAAUUUUUAAUUUAGAUUGUUAAAUUGGACUUUUAGAGUGAAAUUUAUCUAUAAAAUACUUGUAACUUAGAAAGUGUGCUAAAUUUAGAAUUGUUAGUUAAUUUUCGGUUUUAGGAGUGUAGAAGUACUUAAUUUAGUAAUUUGUGGAUUUUUAAUUUAGAUUGUUAAAUUGGACUUUUAGAGUGAAAUUUAUCUAUAAAAUACUUGAAACUUAGAAAGUGUGCUAAAUUUGGAAUUGUUAGUUAAUUUUCGGUUUUAGGAGUGUAGAAGUACUUAAUUUAGUAAUUUGUGAAUUUUUAAUUUAGAUUGUUAAAUUGGACUUUUAGAGUGAAAUUUAUCUAUAAAAUACUUGAAACUUAGAAAGUGUGCUAAAUUUAGAAUUGUUAGUUAAUUUUCGGUUUUAGGAGUGUAGAAGUACUUAAUUUAGUAAUUUGUGAAUUUUUAAUUUAGAUUGUUAAAUUGGACUUUUAGAGUGAAAUUUAUCUAUAAAAUACUUGAAACUUAGAAAGUGUGCUAAAUUUAGAAUUGUUAGUUAAUUUUCGGUUUUAGGAGUGUAGAAGUACUUAAUUUAGUAAUUUGUGGAUUUUUAAUUUAGAUUGUUAAAUUGGACUUUUAGAGUGAAAUUUAGCUAUAAAAUACUUGAAACUUAGAAAGUGUGCUAAAUUUAGAAUUGUUAGUUAAUUUUCGGUUUUAGGAGUGUAGAAGUACUUAAUUUAGUAAUUUGUGAAUUUUUAAUUUAGAUUGUUAAAUUGGACUUUUAGAGUGAAAUUUAGCUGUAAAAUACUUGAAACUUAGAAAGUGUGCUAAAUUUAGAAUUGUUAGUUAAUUUUCGGUUUUAGGAGUGUAGAAGUACUUAAUUUAGUAAUUUGUGAAUUUUUAAUUUAGAUUGUUAAAUUGGACUUUUAGAGUGAAAUUUAUCUAUAAAAUACUUGAAACUUAGAAAGUGUGCUAAAUUUAGAAUUGUUAGUUAAUUUUCGGUUUUAGGAGUGUAGAAGUACUUAAUUUAGUAAUUUGUGAAUUUUUAAUUUAGAUUGUUAAAUUGGACUUUUAGAGUGAAAUUUAUCUAUAAAAUACUUGAAACUUAGAAAGUGUGCUAAAUUUAGAAUUGUUAGUUAAUUUUCGGUUUUAGGAGUGUAGAAGUACUUAAUUUAGUAAUUUGUGGAUUUUUAAUUUAGAUUGUUAAAUUGGACUUUUAGAGUGAAAUUUAGCUAUAAAAUACUUGAAACUUAGAAAGUGUGCUAAAUUUAGAAUUGUUAGUUAAUUUUCGGUUUUAACUUCAUAUCGCUAAACAACAAAUGUAGGUGGAUCGUCCCCAAAUCAUUUAAGGGAUCCCCGAGACAUUGCAUACGCUUGUACCGGGAUAACCUAGACCGCAUGAGUGAGAGUCAGUUUGAUUUCAUUCCCUACGCAUUCGAGACACUUCCACCUCUCAUCCUUAAUGAAGCUCCGCUUUGGUCGGCUAGGGUUAAGCUCAUAUUUUGCAAUAUGGCCGAAAUGCAUUACCCCGAUCGAUUUCUUCGGCAGUUCCAUAUAAGGCAAGAUAUUCCGGAUGCUCCUUUGAUAGGUACUGAUAAUCACGGAAAUUGUUCCAACAUAGUAACCGGUGCCUUGGCGAUGUGGGCGAACAUACAAGAUCACAUAUAUUUUCUUGAUUAUGGUCAACUUAUGUUCGUCGAAGCAACUAAUAGGUACCGAAAAUGGUACAACAAGCAUGGUAUGACACGUGUCCAGAACCCUUCUCACAAUGUGCCCACGACAGGCUACACCCCGACAUCACACGAUUGGGGUAUUGUGAAACAAGGUGUUCACGAGAUGUAUCAGCUCAUAGCCGAUCGCGCGAGUUAUGAGGACUUACACAAACGACUACAGCAGAUGGCCCUGGACGUAGGUGAUGAACAGAUGCUCCACCGGGGCAUAUUCCAUUAUGAAGAUGAAGAUGAAGGUGGAAGUGACGAAGAGGAUGAUGCAGAUGAACAUGAAGGUGGGGGUGAGGACUCACCAUCGCUCCCUCAAUUCUCAACACAUGGUGUCUCAUUUGAUCAACCACCCCCUAAUUUCUCGACGCAUCAAGGUGUCAUAUUUGAUCAACCACCGCCGUAUUAUGAUUCUUAUCAGUUCUCUACGCAACCGGAUGAUUUUGUUGAGUCGUUUUUGAGUUCGUCAUUUUACUAUGGAGACCCAAACAGGCCUUGGAACACUGGCGGUGGGGACGGAGCAGGGCCGAGCGCACAACGUUAGCUGAAGUAUUAAAUUUAAUAUUAUAUGUACUGUCUAUUCAUUAAUAAAUUACAUUGAAAAGUACAUUCGUUUUGUUCACUUCCAUUGAAAUUACUAAAAUUGC